AUAUUGAGUGAUUGUUGAAACCCGGCCCGAAAUGCACCAGCUAUUGGGUACGCGAAGGCCGGCUGUGGAGUGAACGCAGGCCAUUUCAAUUAUUUUCUUGGUUGGGCUGUACAUAAUACUCUGACAGCUACCUAUAAUCAGCAUAGGUCCUUCAGAGCUAUAGUAAUGAUGUUAAUGUGGCCGUGCUUGUCAUAAAAUUAUCCAUUUGACAAAGGGUUGUGGCACAAGAACAUUGUUAGCAGUCUCGGCUUGGAUCUUCAAUUUGGCGAUAUGGGAAACGUGGGUAGUUGUGAAUAUAAACAACCAGAACCGGUCUACGUCUCCGCUGUUUUCACCGGAGUCCUGACAGGAACAGACGACCCUCAACAUGUCCCAUUCGACCGUGUCCUUACCCAAUACCCUUCUGGCGCCUGGAAUCCUGACGCCUUUGAGUUUGUUUGCCCAAAGGCCGGCGUCUACCUGUUCAGCUUUUCGGUGCGGCCAGAGUUCGAGCACGCGGCCGCGCUGCACCUGAUGCGCGGCAACGAGCCUGUCGUCAGUAUCUUCGCCGAUAAGAACGACGGCAACGCCGGCACAUCGUCUCAGAGCACCAUGAUGGAUCUGAAAGUGGGCGAGCGGAUCUGGAUACGUCUAGACGAUGGACACAACGUAGGGAUCAGGAGUCAUCCCAAGUCGCCCUCUGCGACAUUCAAUGCUCUCUUGGUUCAUCCAGAUAAAUCCGCUUAGGAUUUACACUGAUCUCUGACGUGCUGAAACUGUCUUUUUAUUUUCGCUUCGGAGGCACAAAAAGUAUCUGCAUGUGGCAUGGACGUGUUUCUGCGUGCUUAUAGCCUUUUCUGACUGAUCUGAAUUCGAUCUCAAUAGACGACUGCUCUUUACCCGCACUAAUACCUACGGCCGCUUGCCAGUUGGAUCUUCCGUGAUGUUUGUGUCAUCAAGUUAAUAUUUGAACAGGAAGGUCAUUGAACACUGACGGUCACUCGAUCAGUACGAAAUCUAAAAGGGCAAAACCGUUAUUAAAUAGAACUCAAAGUUCUUUAUUUAUGUCAACGAUACUAUCUUUGUCAAAAUUCGUGCUUUAGAAAUACUGGCAAAAUAAAUAACGCUCUGGCUUAGCUUUUGUGGCUAAACAGACGAUAUAGUAGUUCCGCGUGAUGAGAGGAUGGGUUAACGGGGAGUCUACAUUGAAGUGAAGUCUACAUUGAAGUGAAGUCUACAUUGAAGUCUUAACAAAGGUGAGCGCACCACCCACAGAAUUUGCCGUGGGAGAAGAUGUACAACAAUUUCUUCCGCCAGGAGUUCGUGUCAGACUAUGACGGCACCCCACAGAAAUAAUUAUGGAAGUGAUCUAACAGAAGAAUGAUCACCUCACUGGAUUUCAUCGCUCUGUACAUUAACAAAUAUGUUUAAAGGCGCUGUUUAAAUAAAAUAAUGAAUAAAACUCUUUCCAGCCAAGACAACGAAAA